AUGGCGGCCGAAAAUAAGGAAGUUGGCGUAGACCCUUGGGCCAUCCUUCCAUCAUGGCGACUCUCACCAAAAUAUUCCAGUCUAUCUAAGGGCAUAUCGGAGGGGGAUGAUAAACAGGAGGUCACCAAUCAUUUGAGAACUGUCUCGACCACAUCUUUAUCAUCACCGAGCGGCCCAGAUGAGACUCAUGAGGAAGGCAAAGAAUGGAUCCGUGGUGCAUUGCUCUGUACACGGGGCGCAGGUAUAAUUCUCGCCCUUAACUUCAUCAUGGCAAUCGUUGCAACAGGGAUCAGCUAUUCGAAGCCAUUAAACAGGCGACAGUUUCAGGCAAUCACACUGUACGAUGGAAACUGUUCUGUCUCGAGUCGCUGGGCCACAGGACUGCAUCUGCUCAUCAACGUGCUCAGCACUCUCCUACUGGCAACCAGCAACUAUGUCAUGCAGUGUCUAGGCGCGCCGUCGCGUUCGGACAUCAACCAGGCUCAUAAAAAACGGAAAUGGCUGGAUGUUGGCACCUUUAGCGUGCGUAAUUUUGCUAUAAUGGACACCAGACGAAAGAUACUAUGGGUUCUUCUACUGUUAAGCUCUACCCCGAUCCAUAUGAUAUACAACUCGGUGGUGUUCUCCUCAAUCUCCACGCUGGAAUACGCGACGGUUGUGGUCCCUGACGACUUGACAGCUAGUGAGCCAUUGGUCGCGGAUGAAAGUGCCUCAGACUCCUUCACGGCUACUGUUGGCAUGAGUCCCAUGGAUGUUCGGGCCGAAAUAUUCAACGGCACAUACAACAAUAUGACCAUCCAAGACUGUCUAAACAAGUAUAAUAUAGAAUACAAUACUCACCUGGGCACUCUUCUAUUUACUGCGGAUAGGCAGUACUUGCGUAAUACAAGCAGUCUGUUUGGCGUGAUUGGCGAUUCAUUAUUCUCGGUACCCCUACUAUACGAUUAUUUUGAUUCCCUAGAACAGUACGAGGGAGAGUCAGUCGUCCAUCAAAUAAUGAACAGCGGCAAUCUGACCGUACAUGGCCUCCAUUGGGCGUAUCAUCCUUGGAACUUCACCAUGCCAUUUCCUACGUCCAUGACGAAUGUUUCUUCGGCACUUAACGUUUCCUAUUUCACCCUCAAUACUACCGUCCACGUGUAUGACAAGGCAAAAGAUGUCGACGAGGACAUAGCCCAUGACCUGGGCGAGCUCUACGAGUAUCUAACCGCCUACAACCCCGACGGUCAGGCCCUGGCAACAUAUCUGAAGACUCCAUCCCACUGGGCGAGUUCUUGGGCUGGUAACAUCACAUUUGAGCAGGGCAACCGCCCGGUGUUUCCUUCUACUCUGUAUAUAGCCAAUGUAACCAGCCUUACACGGGUUCCUAUCUCCGGAUGUAUGAGCAAGGACAAGGAACAACGAUGCCAGUUGUUUUACAGUCCGCCUAUCGCUAUUGCGGUGAUCGUUUCCAAUGUGAUUAAGGUGGUUUGCAUGUAUCUUACAGCAAGGUCCAGUCGGAAGGAUAUUCUCUUGACCGUCGGUGAUGCGAUCUCCUCAUUUCUGACGCACCCAGACCCGAAUACAGAAGGCCGGUGUCUGAUGUCGCGAGCAGACGUCACUCAUGGCCCACAAUCCUGGGCUGCGGUUACUCUCUUGUCAAACCUUGGUCGAUUUAAAGGGUACCAUUUGCACCGUUCCGCGGUGAGUGUAGCGGGUACUCCCCUAGUUGACGUUCCUCAAGGAUCGGAUAGUCUUUCAAGGGAUUACCCGACGAUGCUCCCAGAAAGGAAGCGAUGGUUUCAGGCUGCUAGUGUCUGGCGCUGGACAGCUACACUUGGUUUCCUUCUUUGCUGCGUGGCGACCUCCAUCUUUCUCUUCUGUUUGUCGAUUGCAGGUAGCAACAUAUAUGGUUCUAUCCCUCGAGCGUGGGAUAUCGGAUUCGGAAAAGCCACGGCGCAGACCAUGAUUCAAGACCGCAAUAUUUCGAACACCGUGAUCUCGCUAGUGCUGCUAACCAACACCCCCCAGAUGAUUCUUUCCAUCCUUUACUUCCUUUGCAACAGCCUCAUGACCUGCAUGCUGAUCGCCGCCGAAUACGACGACUAUGCCACACAGCGGAAACCUCUACGGGUCUCCUGGCCCAAAGGUCAACAACGCUCAACAUAUUACCUCAGCCUUCCAUACCGCUACGGCGCCCCUCUCCUCCUAUUCUCGGUAAUAAUGCACUGGCUCCUCUCCCAGAGCAUCUUUUUCGUUAACAUCCAAGCCUAUGACGUCCGCGACCAGCCGGACCCGUCCAAAUCAACCCGCGGGUGCGGCUAUUCCCCCAUUGCCAUUUUUUGCGGCCUUCUCGUCUCCGGGGUAGCUAUAAUCGCCCUCUUAGGCUUGAGUUGUCGUCGGCUGAAAUCCCGCAUGCCACUAGCCACGCAUUGUAGCGCCGCCAUCAGCGCUGCCUGUCAUCCUCCGCCGGACGACCACGAUGCAGCUUUGAAACCGGUAAUGUGGGGAGAGGUUGUAGGCCAUAGACUAGAUGAGCAGGAUCCAAGUGGGUCAACGGCUUACUUUGGAGCUGGGCCUGAUUCUUCGAUCAAGUAUGCCCACUGCACUUUUACAUCGCAGGAAGUGAAUGCUCCAAAUCCGGUGCGCCUGUACCGUUGA